ACUGUCAGAAUUCCGACAGAAAUGAGGGCAACCGGUUGUCGGAUUUUAUACACGUUAUUAUUUUUGAGAUGAAAUUGGUAUGUAACUCUUAUGUUUAUAUCCUGAUGAUCGUUUUGACGAGGGGAAUAUGGGUGAUUCAAUGUUCAACCGAUUUCAAAGUUGAUGAACUGAAAAAACUAUCCGAAAAAUUGGAUCCUAUAGAAUGUUUAAAACUAUUGGAUGCCGUAUAUCAGAGAACGAGCUUCAAGCAGAAAAUGGCCAUGGCUGAAAAAAUACAUAAAGUUGUUCGAAGGAAUUUCGGAAACUCUUGGGUUACACAAGAAAAUUGUCUUUUUCAAUUAGAAAAUUGGCAAAAAAAUUUCCCUGGAAAAGGAAACAUUAAAGGCCGAGAAGUGUUGGAAGAAGCAUUGAGAUAUUUGGGAAGACCCGAUUUGGCAAGAAAAAUUGUACCAAAUCGAAGAGAAUUUUUUCUCGACCAUAUCAUAAAUCCUGAAAAUUUUUUUGAAAAUAAUCAUCAGGAUAUGCCUAGACGAUAUGUCCACAAAAAUGAAAAAGAGAUUGGAGAGAUUUCGAAAGAAAAUCACUCUGAAGUUACAGAUCAUAAUAAAAUAAAAAAUAAAAAACCCGAGAUGAAUUACGAUAUCUACUGGAUUAUUCUCAUCGCUGUUAUUGCUUUAAUAAUCAUGUCUAUUUGUGCAACUGGAAUUUUCGUUAUCUACAGGAAAAACUGUAAUCAAUGUAUCAAUGGUCGGUUUUGUCAAGAAUGGGACUUGAAUCGAGAUGGAAAAAAAUUUUGCGUUUGUUGCUGUGGUAAGCGGAAUAAAAGGAACAGAAAAUCUUAUUCGGAUGUAGACAUGGAAAGUGGAUGUUCGGGAAGAUGUUCUAAGUGCUGGUUGGACCCGCAGAGAGACAACUACGAAAAGUCACGUUCAAAGCAAGAGACGAUUUGCGCACAGAAACCUAAAAAGUUGAAAAAGAAGAGAAAACAAUCUAGAACGAAAGAGAAGAUUCAUAAAAAGGAGGAAAAAAGAGCCUCAAGAAACAAAAGUCUUGAGAAGGAAACGAAGUCUCAAACAUGCAAGUGGAAUGCUACUAGUGAACCCUCACAAACAGAUUUCAAGGAAAGGCAAAACAAAAAAGACUGCAAAUGUUUAAAAUGUCCCUCCAUUAGUGAAGAUCAGGAAGAAACCAGAUUGUUCAAGAAAACAGAAACAGCCUGUAAUGAUCCUCUUUGUAGCAGAUACAUUUUUAAGAAUAUAACUGACCUCAGUCUUUCUUCGGAGACAGAAUGUGUUACUACAGGUAGAAAAGGCAAGAAAAAAGAAAAAAGCGGAUGGUCUUCCUGUGACUCUUCACCAAGAUUGAAAGACAAAGAAAGAGCGAAAGAACCUAAAAACAAGGAGAAAUUGUUCCAAUACAAAUCGGGCAGUCCAUGUUCUAGAAAAACCUACGAGUGGAGGAAAAUAGCCAUGGAAAAGAGACACGGGAAAAAUAGCGUGUAAAUCCAAUUACGAACAGAAAAUUGAGGAAAUUCCUUUUUCGCAGGUACAUGUUUCUGACACUUUAUUUUUAUUUAGUUCACUUUGGAACAAUCUCAGUCAAAAUGUUACCAUCUUCACAAUGUCGCCUCUGUUGUUGUUUUUUAAAUACUCAAUUUUGCUUUUCCUUUAAAGUUAUGAAAAAGUAAUCAAUAAACCUGAUAAAGAAUCAUAUUUAAAACAAUCUCUUUCCUUUCUGUGUAUAUUUCUUUCUAAAAUAAAACGUAUAUUUCAAAUAGAUGCUUCAAAUUUUGUACAUGGAUCCCUGGGAUUAUCCGGGGUAGAAGGGGGUGGA